CUUAAAUGGAAUGGAACCAUCAUUAAUGUUAUUACUUACCCCUGUGCUAUUCACUGUGAGAUGAGUCAAAAUGUCUGCCAUGAAAAGUCUAUAUUUCACUCCACAGAUUUGCCCUCCUUCUCUCUCCUCCUUUCACGGUCAGCUGGCUGUAGUCUAUCCUGGCCUCCACCCUCUUACCUUCUCUGCUACCCCCGCGUCAGACACACACACACACACACACACACACACACACGCACACUCUCCAGAGCCCUCUGUGUCUCUCGUCCAGGUCUGGAGGAAUGUUGAGUGUCUCUAUAGCUCCCUCCCUGGAGAUUAGGCUUCACCAUGCCCCCCUCACUUCAUUCCAAUCCAAAGUAUGCCCCCUAAGAGCUGCUGCAUUUUUAUCUGAGCCGGGUGAUUGUGACAGAUUGGCCAAAUGACACACAAACACACACUCGUGGACACACGCCGAGGCACAAAACAGAGGGGAGGCUGGGGUCCGGGGUGGUGGGGCAGGAUGGGGAUGGGGGGGGGGAGGCCAGACAGUGCCAGGCUCCUGCUAUAAAACCCUCUCAGGAUGAGGCCAGUGUCCUGCCCUGAGCUGGACAGAAUCUCCUUCCUCUGUGCCAGGACGCCGUUGCAACAGGCAGCAGACGAGCCUCCAACAUGAACGACAUCUACAAGGCAGCGGUUGAGCAGCUGACAGACGAACAGAAAAAUGAGUUCAAGGCCGCCUUUGACAUCUUCGUACAAGAUGCGGAGGACGGCUGCAUCAGCACCAAGGAGCUGGGGAAGGUGAUGAGGAUGCUAGGCCAGAACCCCACACCGGAGGAGCUGCAGGAGAUGAUUGACGAGGUGGACGAAGACGGGAGUGGCACGGUAGACUUUGACGAGUUCCUGGUCAUGAUGGUGAGAUGCAUGAAGGACGACAGCAAAGGGAAGUCAGAGGAGGAACUGGCGGAGCUGUUUCGCAUGUUCGACAAGAACGCAGAUGGUUACAUUGACCUGGACGAGCUCAAAAUUAUGCUGGAAUCUACAGGAGAGGCAAUUACCGAGGACGACAUCGAGGAGCUGAUGAAAGACGGGGACAAGAACAACGACGGCAAAAUUGACUAUGAUGAGUUCUUGGAGUUCAUGAAAGGAGUGGAGUAAUCCUGAACAAGAGAAGAGCCAGAGUGUUAUUUUUGUAUUUUCUCUGUGACUCCACGGUCAUCUGUGGAAAACUGGAAGCUGAUUUGGAAAUGCCGCUGAUAGAAACAAUGGAACGACUUUGCAAGAUUCAGUCGAAUACUGUAGCUGAAUGUUUAUGUAUUUUUCUACCAUCUCUUGCAUCGUUGUAAAUACAGUUUGUAACUACUUUUUGGUGCCCGUGUAUACAGAAUUUGUGUAAAUGUAUCCAAAUUACUUAUGUUUUCUAUAGAGGCCACAUAGUGUACCCGAUUGGCUGCUCGAACUAUCAACUUUGUGUUUGUUUCCGACUAAAUCUUAUCUCUGAAGUGCCACAGGCAGUUUACAAAUGAGAGGCUGGUGUUGUUUAGCUGGACAGAACAUGUAUGUGUGCACAAAGCAGAACACAUUCAUGAGUUAACAUAGUAGUUUUACACCAGGCUCUGGUUGACUAAUCAUACUUUUAGAGCCAUGUACUGGAUCCAGUUUGUAUACUGUGCAUGUUCUGAUGUGAACAUUGUGUAUGUUUAAGAGACCCUCAGGACUCUUUAUCCCCCUCUCAGGCCCCCUGGAACGCCUGCAUAUUUCUACAUGAAAAGUCAGUUUGGAAUUUGCGCUCAUGUAAUAAACAAGAUGCAUUUGUCA